CACGGUUUGUCGGCAAGAAGAAGUCCCUGCCUUGUUCAGCACAUUGAUAACAACACAAGACAUUCCACAGCAGAGCAAUCGACCAUGAGGAAAGCAGAUUGGAACCAACUACACUCACCGCUCUAUAUAGUGGUAAUGCUGCUACUCGUCUUCUCCUUUUCUGAUGGGUUCGACGCAUUCUCAGGUCGACGAAAACGAGGUUAUCGGCAUUCGGUGGAAGAAUGGAACAUCGUCUCUGCCUCCAAGAGUUCUCUUCAGCAGGCAACGUCGUCGUCGUCCGAAAAUAAUGAAAAUGCCGAAUUGGUGGCUUCUCUGCAACGGCAGAAAAAUCAAACUUUAUCAUCUGCCCUGGUAUCCAACACAAAUAAUGCUACCAGUACAGCCAAUGCCACCACUGACAAUCCAGCCGCCCUGGCACUCCAACAACAAGCCGCCAAACUGCGCGCCGAAAUCGCAGUGAUUCAAGCCGAUCUACAAGCCAAACAAGAAGCCAAACGCCAAAAAGAAAUUGCCGAUAUUGAUCGUUGGAUUCAAGAAUGCCUCUACGUGCCCGUAGCAGGUGGCGACGACGGACUACCGGUAGAACUCCUCAAUUCGGUCGACACGGCCGCUCAAGUUUUGCGCGACCAUCGAUUUUCGCACGAACAAGUCUCCAAAAUGUUUGAUCGCAUCUGCGAUACCAGUCCGGCACAAUCGCGCAGCAAUUGCAGUCCGCUGUUGGCGCUAUUGGUCGAUGCGGCCGGCAAACUCGAUUGCGUCGAGCGACAGGAUAAUCCCAACAAACGAUGGGAUGGACGCGUCGAACGUGAUUUGAGAAAACGAUUGUUUGCCAUGGAUUGGGGAUUUGACUUGGAACCUACUCAUAAGGGCGAUGAUCGAUUUUUGUGAAUGACGUACAUGGAACGAAUGAUAGGUGAGGGAGGUUGGAACAUUCGAUACAGGAUGAACCUUGAUUGAAUUAUUUUCAACGGAACUGAUCUCGGUACCGUACCGGUACGGUCUAACUCCUUGGGAGCGGCGAGCCCA